AAUCUGUCACUGUCAGGUUGUCAAUUUAAAAUGUAUUUUGAUUUUGUGAAUUUCAGUGAAUUUGUAAAUAACAUUUUUGUAAAGCACAGAGUUAGUUACACGUGUUUUUUAAGUUGAAAAGUGUUAUAAUAAGGUUUAUGCUGUUUCAAAAUGAAUUAUGAGUGGUUUGAGUUGCUUGGGCGGCCUAAAUACGUAGUUGCGCCGAUGGUCGACGCUAGUGAACUAGCCUGGAGGUUAUUAUGUAGGAGACAUGGGGCCUCUUUGUGUUACACUCCAAUGUUACACAGUACUGUUUUUACAAAAGAUCCGAAAUAUAGAAAGGAAAACUUUACUACUUGUAAUGAAGAUCGUCCAUUGAUUGUUCAGUUCUGUGGUAAUAAUCCUGAAACAAUGGCAGCUGCUGCAAAAUAUGUAGAAAAAGAUUGUGAUGCUAUUGAUAUAAACCUUGGAUGUCCUCAAUCAAUAGCCAAGCGUGGCCGAUAUGGAUCAUUUCUUCAAGAUGAUUGGGAACUUUUGAGAAAAAUGAUUACUGAAAUGUCUCAGGCAGUGUCAGUGCCUAUAACAUGCAAGGUUAGAAUUUUUGAAUGCAUAGAAAAAUCUGUGAAGUAUGCAUUAAUGUUACAAGAAUCGGGUUGCAAGUUAUUGACAGUUCAUGGAAGAACAAGAGAACAGAAAGGACCAUUGACAGGUAUAGCACGUUGGCAGCACAUUAAAGCUAUUAGGGAAGCUGUAUCUAUACCAAUGUUUGCAAAUGGCAAUAUCCAAUGCUUGGAAGAUGUCCACAGGUGUUUAGAUUAUACUAAAGUUGAUGGUGUAAUGAGUGCAGAGGGUAAUCUUACAAACCCAGCCAUUUUUGAAGGAAUUAAUGCUGUCACAUGGGAGGUAGCUUUGGAAUAUCUUGGUCUUGUGAAGAAAUAUCCUUGUCCAUCAUCCUAUACACGAGGUCAUCUGUUUAAGAUAUUCCACAAAAUAUUUACAUUUGAAUGUAAUAAUGAUGUAAGGCAGUUGUUAGCCACAGCCCAAUGUUUGGAUGACUUUCAACAAGUCUGCAUUAAAAUAAGGUUAAAAUAUUUACCUUACCACCAGGGAGAGAUGACAUUUGACAAUAACGAAGGGAUAACAAGAAUUGGAUGUAAUUUAAUAUUACCACCAUGGUUGUGUCAACCAUAUGUUCGGAUAUCACCAGAAGAACACACACAGAAAAUGGAAAAUUUAUGUAAAAUUCAAGACAAUCAUGACACUAAAAGAAGUCUUGAAGAUUUGGAUGGAAAUGUAAUAUCGAGGAAAAAAAUGAAGAAAAUGCGGAGGAAAGAGAGAAGGCCGCUGAAACCAGAGGCUGAGCAAGCUAGCAGGACUGGCGAAAUAUGCUUCAGUGAAACUUGCCCUAACCCUUUGGCUCUUAUCGGACCGAAGCGCUUGGAACCACCGUAACUUUAAUUUUAAGUUUUCGAUCCUAAUUACCAAUAAUAAAUCAUGACAUACAUAACUUCACGUUUCAAAAGUGCUUGUAAAGUAGGCCUGAUUGUAAUAAAUGAAUUUCGACUUUGAAUGUUGCUUAAUUCAAAUUCAGAAUUAAUCGAAUACUACGUCGUAAAUACGCAUUUACCCUUGCCCCGCUGGAUUAAGCUUUUGUUUACUGCACAACCACACGCCUCGUGUUCAGAGCGGACUCGAAGUUGGCGCCAUAAACUACCCCAUUACAACCAGGGGAUAAAAGUUUGUAAUUCUGUUAUAUUUAUUGGUAAGGAUUAGUGUUAUGUAUUUCGAGCAUAACUAUUUGUAUGAGAACAUACUCAGAGGCACUAUUAUCCGCCCACUUUAAUCUACUGGCGUCAUAAUAAAGAGGGCGGAUAAUUGUGCCUCUGAGUACCUAUAUAAUGUGUCCAAAAUGAUUAUAAUUAUUUUUAUAUUAUAUAUACAAAACUAAUUCCCGAUGUCCUUUCAUUUAAAGAAUG